AUGCCACGUACACGUGGUCCGGCGCUCCGGGCUCCUCGCCAACGUCUCCCCACCGACGGAGGACGCCGUGUUCCGCUCAUCCAUCCCGGAGACCGGGCGACCAACAGAACCGUUAGGCGGGGCCAAGCAGCAGACCUCUACCUGAACACAAGUCUGGAAGACGACGAAACACGCAUGAAUGACCUUCUGGGUCCCCGCCUCCCAACAUGCGAGGAGCUCUAUGAGAUGGGGCUGGCCGUGGAAGAAGAGAGCCGACUCGCCGCGGCAGAAGAGGAGAUCAGGCGUGAGCACGCCAUUGCGCAACGCAUCGAGAAGCUCAAGGGAAUGCGCGUCCAAUUAGCUUCUCACAGAGAGAAGCUUGUUGACAGCUUCAACAAGGAGAUGGCGGUAUGGAAGGCAGUUCAACCGGAGAGACAUGCCAAGUUCGAGGUUCACAUGAGAGCUGCUGAACUAGCCACGACUGGAUCCGCACGCCGUGUCGACAUGCUCCGCUGGUUUCCGGGACUUGCGCCAAUGGUGAGAAUCGCGAUCGAAGACAUGCAGACAUAUGCGCACAAAGACACCGAGCUCAUGUACCAGAUCGCUUGCUUCGAGGAGAAGCUCGAAGGCGCUGUGGCCUUGCAUGCGCUCGAUCCAGAAACCUAUCUGACCGCUCAUCGAGACCGAGCCAAGACCAAACGUGACGGUAGCCGAUACGAGAUCUUCGGUUUCAACCUCAAGCAUCCUGACCUGUCCAAUUUCCAGGAGAACCAAUUCGAGAACGAGUUCCCAGGCCGCGAGAUUCAACGUCUGCAGGCCAUUCUGGGUAAUUUCAUGGUUCGUCGCACGCUCCUGGAGGGAACAGGCCUUCAAGCUCGUCACGACGAUGGCCGCCGUCCGCGCUACGACGAGCACUCGAUUAACAAGUUCUGCUACACGGCAGAUUGGGACAUGAUCGCGUGGUCGGUCGACGCACUCGCUCUCCUUGCGCAACUUCGGCCUGAGUACAAGCAACAUGGUGAUGCAUCGGUUCCACAGCUCCUCGAAUCCAUGAUCCAUACGAUAGCCGAGUACGCCCGUAAGAUCGACACCGUCGGCUACUUCGACUUGAAGCGACAGAUUGCUCUACACUAUACCCCUCGUCUUCUGGCACUUCGGCAACAUCUCACGCAGUUGCGGUUUGACGGAGCGGAUGCGGAAGGACGUAAAUGUCUGUACGAGAUGCAGGAUGAAGUCUGGGCGAUGGGUAGAGACUUUGACGAGUUCGAGAAGAAGCAUGGCGAUAUGCUUGGUCAGGAUUGGCGCCGGCUGCAAAGCGAAUACAUCGACGACAUCACCUCUGUGGCUCCUCCUGUCUCGUGGACUGACGAGGACGAUGAAGAGUACCUUCAUCGAUCUGGCCACCCAGAUGAAGACUAUCCUGAGAGCGAGGGCGAGGCUGAGGCCGAGGUAAACGAUGCAAUCAUGGACGCCGCAAUGGUGGACUAG